GAGGAGCUCACCAGUACCAGCGUGGAGCAUCUCAUCAUCAACCCCAACGCUGCCUAUGAGAAGUUCAGGGACAAGCGCCUGGGCACCGAGGGAGUGGAUUUCUCUGACCACAUCACCAAGACCAGGACAACGGGCUAUGAGUCUGGGGAGUAUGAAAUGCUCGGUGAGGGUCUUGGUGCCAAAGAGACACCCCAGCAGCGGUACCAGCGGCUGCAGCACGAGGUGCAGGAGCUGGCCAGGGAGGUGGAGCAGAUCCAGAGCACGGUAAAGGACUCGGCAGCAGAGGAGGAGCUGACGCCCAUGGCCUUGGCCAGGCAGGUCGAGGGUCUGAAGCAGCAGUUGGUUUCCAGCCACCUGGAGAAGCUCCUGGGCCCCACUGCAGCCAUAGACUUCGCAGACCCCGAUGGUGCCCUGGCCAAGCGCCUGCUGCAGCAGCUGGGGGGGGGCAAAGCAGCCAGCAAGGGCACCCAAGGGAACGCCCCUGCCAAAGAGGCGGUGCCCACCACAGAUGCUGUCACCUUCGAGCUCUACUGGAGGCCGGAGCAGGACCAGUUUGCCCAGAGCGCCAAGGUGAGUCCUGAGAGGGACGUGGAGCUGCUGGAGCGAGGCCAGAGGCGGUCCCGGAGCUGCUGCGAUCCUUCCCCACAGAACCCACUGUUGGUUGGGCUGAAGGGCACCAGCCUCGUGGAGACCGUGCAGGUCCUGCAGGCCAAGGUGAACAUCCUGGACGUGGCUGUGUUGGACCAAGUGGAGGCCCGGCUGCAGAGCGUCCUGGGGAAGGUGAAUGAGAUUGCCAAGCACAAGUCAACUGUGCAGGAUGCCGACACCCAGAGCAAGCCAGCCACCCAGUUCGGGCAGGUCCUGCUGCACUUGGACACCACGCAGCAGGAGGUGGCCGGGGCUCUCAAGGACAACACGGUGCUGCUGGCAGAGGUCCAGAAGACGAUGAAGGAGAACCUGGCCAUCGUAG